CUUUUCACCUCCUUUGGCAGUUACGGUGGCAGAGGACAAAAUCUGAAUGAAUGAAAUGGGCCAAAAUGGAGUGAGACUAUAGCCACAUACCUUGAAACCAAAUGACAAGAGGAAUGAAAUGUAGUGAUCUUGAGGACCCAGGACAGGAGACUGCAAAGACGGCUAUGAGUAGUCCCAGUGCCAAGCCAACAUGUCUAUCACAGCCUGUGGUGAAGAGUGUGAUGGUGUAUCGCAAUGGAGACCCUUUCUUCCCUGGCCGGCGUGUUGUUAUCCAUGAGAAGAAGGUGUCCAGUUUUGAUGUCUUUCUAAAGGAAGUGACAGGUGGUGUGAAUGCUCCUUUUGGAGCUGUGAGGAAUAUUUAUACACCCCGUGGUGGACAUCGCAUUCGUCAGCUAGAUGAGAUUCAAAGUGGAGAGCAUUAUGUUGCUGGUGGCAGGGAAGCUUUCAAAAAACUAAAUUAUUUGGAUAUUGGAGAGCCAAAGAAAAGACCUGUGGAAAUUAAUAAUGAGGUGAAGCCAGUUACCCACAGCAGAAUUAAUGUGUCUGCACGCUUUCGAAAACCACUUCAGGAGCCAUGCACUAUAUUCCUGGUUGCUAAUGGUGAUCUUGUAAGCCCUGCAGUACGUCUUUUCAUCCCAAGGAAAGCAUUAAAUCAGUGGGAUCGGGUUCUUGAAAUGGUUACUGAGAAAAUUACGCUCAGAAGUGGAGCUGUACACAGGCUUUAUACUUUAGAUGGAAAAUCUGUGGAAAGUGGGAUGGAUUUGGAAAAUGGACAGUUUUAUGUAGCAGUUGGCAGAGAUAAGUUUAAGAAAUUGCCAUAUAGUGAACUAUUGUUCAGCAAGUCCACAGUGAAGAGAUCUUAUGGCUCAAAGACAUCCUCACUACCACCUAUAGGUGGAUCUGGAAAAUCAAAGGGGAGUUCAAAAUCUACUGACACAGGAGACACAUUGUCUUCGCCUCAACCGCCGAAGAGAAAGGAAAAGAUUGGACACAGUCAAGAGUCUAAAAUACCUACAAAAUCAAAAGAAGAUGGAAAAAUUGUAACCAAAUCUUACGUUUUUCCUGUUAAUGAUGAUGGUGUUUACAAAGCUGGAAAAAAGCGAUCUGAAAUGCGAGGGGCAGCAGAAGUCCAGGAAGAUGAAGACACUCAAACUGAGGUCCCAGUUGACCAGAGACCAGCAGAAACUGUGGAUGAGGAAGAAAAUGUAUCACCAGAACAUAAAGCUUUAAAAAAAAGAGAAUAUGCAACGAUGAAUGGAGAAAAUGGAAAUGCUAUUAAUGGAAUGGAAGAAGGCAAAGAGAAACAGAAUGACCAUUAUCAAGAUGAAUUACAAGGGCAGAACCUUGACCAAGCAGAACAAGAAUCUAAUGACCACAUGCUUAGUAACACAAAUGAAGAAAAUGGUGAGGAAAUGGAACCCAGUAGUCAUCCAGAAGAAACAAAAGAAGGUAUUGAUGAUCAAAUCCAGGUUGAUUCCAAUGGGAUUUACGAAAAAGUCCCAGCUCCAAGAGUCACCAUCACCAGUCCACAAGAAAGUGAGAAGAAUGAACAAACCAAUGACUAUGCCGCAGUAGCAUAGGCAUAUUUUAGAAGAUGUAUGUUCUCAGAAAAUGAAGAAUUUUAUGUUUGGAACAAAGGGUGUCAUCUUCCACAUUUGAUUAAUUUAUGGUAUAAUAAUAUGAUGGAACUUUUUUUACCCAUUAAGCCUCGACAUGAAAAGAGUAUUCAGACAUAACAUCAUUAAAGAGAUGUUCAUUAAAAGGAAGUUUAAAUUGUAAAUGCUGACACAAGAUACAAAAUUUUAAGGGAAUAUAUUAAUGAGUAGGGUCAUUAUGGAAGACGAAAUAUUGAAACAUUAGCCCUAGGUAAAUUCACAAGAAAGAGAUUAAAAAAACAGGUGAAUGAGCUAAAUGAUAUUUUUGUGUUUUUUAAAAAAGACUUUAAACAUUUUUAAGAUGAAUAUUUAUAUAAGCUGCAGUGUAUUUAAAGAAUUUAGAUUACUAUUAGGGGUAUAACUCUGUGAUAAGGUGAACGUGGCUAGGACUACAUUAGACUUGAUUCUUACUUAACCAACCUCUACUAAAUUUAAGGGCUUUUUCUAUUAGACUUAUUUUAUAUUUACAUGUGGAUCUGCUCUCCCCACUGAAAGGAAUGGGAAACCACUGCAUGUAUAAGAUAGUAGCAUAUACUGAUUGGAACCCUCAUGCCUGGAGUGAAUUGCUGAAUCAGUUGACAGAAUGUGGUCACAAAACGAAGAAGGCUUAUUAGAUCAAUUAACUAUAGAAAUUCUGCCACAUGCACAUUAAUUGAUAUAUACUAUAAGGUAUGCAGUUACAUUAUAGUGAAUUUUGAUGAUUGGAUGCUGAUUGUUUGCAAAUAAGUACAUUCAUAAAUUCAUCCAGCAUUAUUUUGUUCUGUGCAGUUUAUGCUAGUUUAAGUCAAAGAUUCUUCCAAGUCAAAAGAUUCUUCUGAUUGUUCCCAUCAGGAACAAUCUGAAUAAUCACGGCAAGUUGCUAUAUAAACUUAUCGCUUAUGUCCACUUUUUUAAACCCAGGACACAUAACCAAUCACAAUAUUAUGGUUUGGUAAUUUAUUUUUUAAAAAACAUUAUUUUAAAAAUUAACUCCAAUUUACAAAUCAUGUUCUCUUUGUCUUAAAGUUCAGUUCAUGAAAAACUUAUAUUUUCAAAUACUGAAAAAAUAUUGAUAGUUUGUAUAUAACUCCAUUUAUGCUGGACUCACAGACUCCAGAAAGAGGCUUAGUUUUAAACUGUUAUGGGAAUUAAUGCUCACUAGGGUAUAUGUUUCUUUUAUGUGAGAUCUAUAACUUACUACUUCUAAAUUUUGCUAAUAGUCCUUGUUCAAGCCAUUUUUAUUAUAUAGGUUGAAUCUUUAUUUUAAGUUGAUAUGUUUAGCUUGUUCUUUACAAAUACUUCGACCACUUUAAAAUAUCUUUGUUGUUGUUAUAUAUGAAUACCUGAACAUGCUUUAACAUGUAAUCCUGAGGCUGACCUACAGACAGCUAGCCUGAAUUUUUGUCAACCCUAUUCUAAUAAGAGUAUCCAUAUUUAUGCUAUAGUUAGCCACUGACAUUUGCUAACUAUGCAGAUAGCAUAGUUAGCUAAUGUCAUUUUAAUCAGAAGGAAUGUAACUCAAUUCAAAAUGUGACCCUUCCAGUUCAAUUAGUAUUCCUAGAAAUUAGUUUAUCUCUAAACGGAUGUGACACUGAAUAAAUGCUGUCUGUAGAUCCUCAACCCUCUGUUUUCAGUGAUAGAAGUAAUUGUGAGAGAUUGUUAUGUGGCUACCGAACACAUUUACUCAUUAUAUACUGAUGUUUCAAAUAUGGUUAAUUGACCUUUGAAAAUAAUUAUUUUCCUAUCAGAUUCUGGAUCCAUUUCUGUGCUCAUUUUAAAACUGCUUUGGCUGUUUGUAUAAAAGAUGGAUAAAUGGAUGCAGUUUAUUAAAACAUCAAUAUUUUAAAUAUAUAUUUUAAAGAAAAUAUACUUUUGGAAGCAAAUAAAUA